UUUUCUUUCUCUUUCUAUUUUUUUUUUGUUUGAUAUUGUUCGUUGUCCUUUUCAACAUUACUGAUAUUUCUUGCUCAUGUCGGCCAAUAAUAAUGAUAACCAAAACAAUACUGAAGAACUUGAAGAAGGUUCUCGUAACAUUUUGUUAGCUAUUGCUGGUCAGUUGACAAAAGGCAUGGAUUUGCAAAGAGUAGCCUUACCUACUUUUGUACUUGAACCUAGAAGUAUGUUGGAAAGGAUUACUGAUUUUAUGUCCCAUCCCGAACUUCUUUUCAGUGCUAGUAAAUUGGAUGACCCUGUUGAACGAUUCGUUGGUGUUCUUCGUUAUUACUUAUCUGGAUGGCAUAUCAAACCCAAGGGUGUCAAGAAACCAUAUAAUCCAGUUUUGGGUGAAUUUUUCCGUUGUCAAUACAAGUACUCUGAUGGAGCUGAAGCUUAUUAUAUUGCCGAACAAGUUAGUCAUCACCCACCCAUGUCUGCUUAUUUUUACACUUGUCCUGACCAUCAUGUUUUGAUUGCAGGAGACAUCCGUCCAAAAUCACGAUUUUACGGCAAUUCAGUUGGAACUAUCAUGGAAGGUGCUUCUCAUGUCAUUUUGACAGAUAGAUACAAUGAGCGUUAUGAUAUUGAAAUGCCCAAUAUGUAUGCUCGUGGUGUUUUGUUUGGUACGAUGACCAUUGAACUUGGUGAUAAAUCAAAAUUAUCAUGCAAAUCUAGUGAUUUAUCAUGUGAACUCGAAUUCAAGACAAAGGGGUUCUUCUCUGGUCAAUGGAAUUCACUUGUAGGCAAGAUCAAAAAGGAAUCUACACAAGAAGUUUUAUAUGAAAUCAGUGGACAAUGGUCUAAUGAAAUUUAUAUUAAGAAUUACAAGACAUCACAAAAAGACGUAUUAUUUGAUGCGAAAACGGCAGUUGCUGUACCUAAGACUGUAUUACCCGAAGACCAACAAAAGGAAUAUGAAUCUAGAAGACUUUGGUCCAAGUUAACAGAAGCUAUCAAAAAUCGUGAUAUGGAUGGAGCAACUGAUGCCAAAACGUCAGUGGAAGAUGCACAAAGACAAUUAGCAAAAGAACGUGAAACUAAAGGUAUUCAAUGGAAACCACAAUUUUUUGAAGAACAUUAUGAUGAUUUCCAAUUCAAAGGAUUGAAAGAUGUGGAUCUGUCAGAUACUACCCAAUUGAAAUUAAAGAUGCAUCAAGCCAUUUUUCCCACAGCUGAACCAUUAUGAUAUUGAUUACCCAUUAGAUUAGUGUACAAUUCCCUAUUUCCCCCCUUUUUUUAUAUAUAUAUAUAUACACACACACACAAGACCAUACAUAUAGUCAGUUUACACUUGUUAGUCUUUUAUUAGAUGAUGAAUCCACUUUUAGGUAGAUUUUUUUUAAAAUAAAUAAGAUAUUCUUCGUAUAGAG